AUGGGACUCCCGCUAUCUCCAAUUUUGGCGGACAUUGUUAUGGAAAAGGUGCUCGAUCUGGCGAUUCCACAAUUCGAUUUUGUCCCGGUCUUAUUCGUCAAAUAUGUUGACGACAUGUUUACAUCUGUACCCACCAACUUUGCUCAACACACGAUCAACAUCCUGAAUUCGGUGAACCACAGAAUCCAAUUUACAAGCGAAGUUGAAAAGGAUGGACAAAUCCCGUUUUUGGACGUGAUAGUUUUCAGAAAUAAUGAUGGCACAAUUGGUACAAGAUGGUACUCUAAACCAUCCUCAUCAAAUCGGUUGCUAAAUUUUUUCUCAAACCAUCCAUUUCAACACAAAACUGGCGUCAUUGAUAAUGCAAUCAACCGCAUAUUCGGACUGAGUGAAACGACAUCACGCCAGCAGAAUACGAUCGUGGUGAAAAACAUAUUGGAAGCCAACCAUUACCCAGCACACUUGAUCAACAAGGGGAUCCGUAAAUUUUUCCAUAAGAAAAACAAUCGUGACACAACACUGAGCACAGUGUUAAAGGAACCGAUUACUUACAAGGGUAUCAGCUACAUUUCAUCUUGCUCGGUAAAUAUUGGUCGUGCAUUAUGUGAAGAAUUGGAUGACGUGAAGGUCGGCUACAAACCGUUCAAGACUAACAGAUCCAAUUUCUCACAACUGAAAGACAAAACCAAUCCACUGGAUAAGUGCAAUAUUGUUUACAAGAUUCCAUGUUGGGGCGACGGUUUUUCAAAAAACAAGUGCGAACUUUGCUACAUUGGUCAUACGGGUAACAAGUUUGGUGACAGACUAGGACAACAUCAAAAUGAUGUGAAGAAAUCAAACGACGAAGUAGAAGCUAAGAACGGUCAGACAGCUUUGGUUCGUCACUUCCAAGAUGGACAUGCGCCCGAUUUCGAAAACGCUUCAAUAUUGAUGAUGGAACCCAACGAGUUCAAGAGAAGAAUACUUGAAUCGCUAAACAUCCUGACAAAUAACUCGAUGAAUUUUAGGAAGGAUGUUGACAGUAUCAGCAAAGUGUAUCAUAACGUUUUGGACGUUAAGUUUUCGGAUUAA